AUGGAGCUCCAGACAAGUUGGUUAUCAGACAAAGACAGCUGGUGCUCGUCUGACCAGCAAACGCAGCGGACGUCUUCAUGCUUGUCACGCAGGGAACAAAACAGGCCUUGGUUUUGCGGAAUGCCGCCAACAACGAGUGCUGCACAGGAGUCGGAGCCACUUCACCCGGAUACGAUGCGACAAGCGCAGCUUUUGGCUCCUUCAGUCUCCACCUUUGAUCCGGUAGGUAUUCUGGCCAUUGAAGUAUACUUCCCACGCAAAUAUGUCGAUCAACGGGCGCUGGAGAGCUUCGACGGCGUCACCCCUGGGAAAUACACCAUCGGUUUGGGACAACAAGCCAUGUCGUUCUGUGGCGAUCGCGAGGAUGUGCGCUCGAUGUGCAUGACAGUCGUGCAGACGCUCAUGGAGAAAUACCGAAUUGAAUACAACGACAUCGGCAGGCUCGAGGUCGGCACCGAGACCAUCAUCGAUCGAGCCAAGUCGAUCAAGACGGCGCUCAUGUCCCUCUUUGAACAGAGCGGCAACUUUGAGGUCGAAGGCAUCGAUUCUACCAACGCCUGCUACGCUGGUACCAAUGCCCUCUUCAACACCAUCGCUUGGUGCGAGAGCUGUACCCUCUUUGAUGGUCGCUUCGGGCUCGUGGUGUGCGGCGAUAUUGCCGUGUAUCCGCGCGGACCAGCGAGAGCAACCGGUGGAGCGGGCGCAGUCGCGCUCCUCAUUGGUCGAGCGCAGCCCCAACGCUACCCGCAGCUAGAGCCCAUCCUGGUGCUGGAACCGGGCCUUAAAAGUAGCCAUUUUGAAAACACAUGGGACUUUUUCAAGCCUGCUCGUCGACAGGAUACAGAGUAUCCUAUUGUGAAUGGCACGGAAAGCAUUGCUUGCUAUUUUAGAGCACUCGAUAUCUGUUACACCAGGUUUACUGGACGAGUCGAGCAGCAGACUCGACGCACACGAGUAUGGCUGGCGGAAACCAGCGGUCGACCCGGUGCCGAGCAGGUCACCGAACAACAGUCGCUUCGAUGCACCCUGCUGACAAGCACCGCUUUUGCUGAGCCUUCGGUGACACCGGUCGCGGAUGCCGACGCAACGCAACUCGAUUAUGUGGUUUUCCAUGCACCAUUCAACAAACUGGUGCGCAAAUCGUUUGCGCGACUCGUGCUCAACGACUACUUGCGCUAUCCUGAACUGGCUUCACAGCAUCGUGCCGUAUCGGGUGCGUUACGUGCGCAACUUGCCAAGCUGAAACGCCUCCCUGCGCACCUGAACCCGACUGGUGUGUGCGUACCGCCACCGUCAACCUACUGGGAUCGAACCCUGAUGCAGCUCGUGCUUGAAUGCUCGGAGCCACUGUAUCGCGCCAAGUGUGCUCCGUCGACGACGCUGGCUCGACAAACCGGCAACGCGUACACCGCCUCGCUUUUUGGUAAUUUACUGUGCUUACUCGAUGCCGAGAGGGAUCGUACACUCGGCAAACGGGUGGUUCUUUUCGGUUUUGGCAGCGGCAUGGCAGCGUCAAUGUACGCCAUGCGGGUCGUGGCCUCUCCGGAGGCGCUUCUUCGACGAGUUGGUCUCAUAGAACGACUAGGAGCACGGAUACCGACGUCGCCUGCUUGUUUUCAUGAGACGCUUCGUCUUCGCGAACAGAACUACGGCGCCUGUGAUUACGAGCCCUCCGAACCGUUGGAGGAACUCUUCCCCGGAACCUACUACCUCGUUCGCAUUGACGGACGUGGUAUUCGAUACUACGAUCGAUACCAGGGCUCGCGAGCUUCCGAUCAAGCAGCUUGCUGCAAUGCGCUUUGCCCUGAUAAACCCUAG